AUAUAUAAUCCGAAGUGGUUGUCUAUGUUUGGUUGUUUUUAACCAUUAUUUUUGAUUUUUGAAAGAGGAACAGUUAGGAAUCAAUAAUUUACCAAAAUAACCAGAUAUAAAACAAUGGAAUAACACGCAUAUAAACAUAGAUUAACCUGAUUGUAACAAAACAUUUACCUUAUAGACUGGUUUGUUCAUCACGACUAAGUAAUAACAUUAACAGGUGACUGUUGACCUAUCUUUAGAAAUUCAAAAUGGCCCAAGCUGCAGCCUCCACUUGUGAAAUAUGUACUGGCGGACCAGGUGAAUAUUAUUGUCAGCAGUGUGAUCAAUUAUUUUGCGGAAGUUGUAAAUUAUCUCAUUUACGCACAAAGUCUUGUAAAAACCACACAUUUUCAAGUGGAACAAAAAUUAACAAGGAAGAAAGGUUCCUUUGUACAGAACACGAAGAAAUGUUCUUUUUCUACUGUCAUGAUUGUGGUACUCCUGUGUGUAGAAUUUGCUCCGUAAAAAAACACAGUCGCCAUUUAAUGACAGACUUGGCUGAAUCAACUGAGAAACUAAGAUCUGAGCUAGUUAAGAAUAUUGAAUCAAAAGUAGCAACCUCCAAUGUAACCCUUACCGAAAUUGAGAAAGAUACAAAAGCCUACCGGGAGAAAGUCAAAGCUAUCAUCAAAACCAUAACAGAGGAAGGGAAAAACUGGAAGAAACUCAUUGAUAAAAAAAUAAAUAGUCUGGUUAAGCUAGUACAAAAUGGGGAACAAAAAGCAUUACAAAGUAUGUCUGUAUUAACCACAUUUAAUAGGGAACUGUUAGAAAAAUACCAGCAAUUGCAAAACAAUGUCAAAGAGAUGGAAAUAACAGCAGAUGUAUCUUUGGUACAAAAGCUGAAACAGAUAAAAACUGAUGUCGACAAUAUAGAAAUAAAGCAUAUUCCCGUUACGCCUUCUGUGUCGUACAUAAACCGAAAACCUUCCGUCACAGACAUAGACACCCUAUUUGGAGAGUUACAAUUUCGAGAAGGUCAAUCAUUCAUGGAAAAAACUGACAACCAAGAAAGUUCCAGGCCACCAUCAGUGCACAAGAGGUACAAAUACAUAUGCACAUGCUGCAAGAGAGAACAAAUAUUAACUAAGGAGCCUGAAACACACAGGAUGAACAUCGGUCGAGGUUUGGUAAUCGAGUGCAAUAACAGCAAAUGUUUCCUCUACAAGAUGUCAUCUUGGCAUACUUUUAAAGACGAAGCACAGAACCCAAAUACCUAAAGAUUGUAUGGUUGCUUGUAUACAAAUGUGUUCCCUUCCUGGUAAUAAUCUUAUAGUUAUAGUUUAAAGUCAGUAUGUUCUAAUAAAAAAACAACGACAGUGGAUAGGUAAAAGAUCAUUCAGCUUUGAGAAGCAUAUGCAGAUAACAUGGACAGGUGUUAUUUUGUUUAUUGAACAUUGUAGUGUAAACAUAUUUUUGUAUUGUGUUUAUAAAUGUCAUGUGAAGUAUAAGUAUUUAGAGAAGAAAAAGACAUAGUUAUUUAUGUUUUUGUGAUUUGUAUUGUUGUAUCCAUACUGGCAUAGCAUAAAAGUAUACGUGUCGCUGUCAUGUUUCGUGGUUUUUGUCAGGUUAUGUCUUACAUGGAUCUUUCAUCUCAACUGUAAACUGUUAAAUGCAAUAGGAGUUUGUUUUGUGGUAGUCAUUGUCAGAUAAACAUUGCAGACUAGAAUUGUCACUUGUGAAAUUGAAUAAAGUUUUUUUUCAUUUUA